CAGCCAUACUGCUUUCGAUUUGAUGACAGAGCCCCCAAAAAAACCCGUGGCCAUUACUUGUACUAGUCGUUGACAAGUGCAAUCCGCAGUCCGUUCAUGCGAGUGCGAUAGUCUUUACUGUAAGUGUUCUUCUGCGUUCCUCUAUAAUAUUGUUUUGAACAGUCAGGGCCUGUGACAAUGGCUAGUGGUUCUUCGGGCGACAGCCAGGCCACUAUUGCACAGAAAACAUGGGAACUGGCAAAUAACGUUGAAACUGUUAGUACUGUUGAUGAAAUAUAUCGUUACGAUCGGAAGCAACAGCAAGAUAUUCUUGCAGCCAAACCAUGGGAAAAAGACCCACACUUCUUUAAAGAUAUUAAAAUUUCUGCUCUUGCACUUUUGAAAAUGGUAAUGCAUGCAAGAUCUGGAGGUACUCUUGAAGUAAUGGGUUUACUGCUGGGCAAAGUUGAUGCAAACACUAUGAUGGUAAUGGAUUCAUUUGCCUUGCCUGUUGAAGGCACUGAAACAAGAGUUAAUGCCCAAGCACAAGCAUAUGAGUAUAUGACAGCAUACAUUGAAGCAGCAAAGCAGGUGGGCCGUUUGGAGAAUGCUAUUGGUUGGUAUCACAGCCAUCCUGGGUAUGGUUGUUGGUUAUCAGGAAUUGAUGUGUCAACUCAAAUGCUUAAUCAGAAUUUUCAGGAACCAUUUGUUGCAAUUGUCAUUGAUCCUGUAAGAACUAUAUCUGCCGGGAAAGUAUGCCUUGGUGCUUUUCGUACAUACCCUAAGGGCUACAAACCUGCUAACGAAGAACCAUCUGAAUAUCAGACAAUACCUCUUAACAAAAUUGAAGAUUUUGGGGUGCAUUGUAAACAGUACUAUUCCCUAGAAGUGAGCUACUUCAAAUCAUCUUUGGAUCGUCGGUUAUUAGAUUCAUUGUGGAACAAAUAUUGGGUGAACACUUUGAGUUCAUCUAGCUUGUUGACAAAUGCAGAUUACACAACAGGACAGAUAUUUGAUUUGUCUGACAAGUUGGAACAAUCAGAAGCUGCCCUUGGACGUGGUGGUUUCAUGUUGGGAGGAUCAGAUCCACAUGAGAAAAGAACAGAGGAUAAAUUGCUGAAAGCAACUAAAGACAGCUGCAAAACUACAAUUGAAAUCAUUCAUGGCCUUAUGGCUCAGAUGAUUAAAGAUCGUCUUUUCAAUCAGAUAAAGACAAAGUGUGAUACAUAACUGUUUAUACUUUGUACUACAAUACUUCAGGUCUAAUGAUUUAAAAUUAUUCCAAAAAUUGCUUAAAUGUGCUUGACCUAAGAAUAUUAUUUGAAAUUGAAAAAAUACUGUGUUCUUACCAUGUAUACUCUGUUGUGCACAGUAUUGCAAAUAAAUUUGAUACUACACUUAUUUCUUUUAUUUAUUACAAACAUAUCUCCACAUACAACUCUAAAAGAACAACUUUAAUACUAUAUAACAAGUUUAUAAUUUUGAAAACUGUAAUAUUUCAAAA